AUGAUACCCAAAAUCUAUUAUCUGGUGGUAUGCCUCCUUGUGGCCCUCGUCGCGGCCGGCCCUGUGGGUAAACAAGGAGCGUCGCAAGGCCAAACCUCUCAGUCAAAGCCAAACAACAAGUACAAGGCUAGACCGUCCUUCGAUGGCCUGGGUAGCCUGGGUGUCAAAAAUAUGGAAUUCGGCGGCCCAAAUAGGUUCAAUGGCUAUGCUGCCCACCUUAAACUGAAAUCCUCCUCAUCCGUGACUGAAGCCGAUAUUGCAGGCCUCGCCGAAGCCGCCUGGUGGGAAAUGUUCGACCUGUAUAUCAAGAAUCCGCCUAAGGAUAAGGCUAAGCAAAAGGGGCUCCCAACUGUCAUGACUGCCCUUAAGGUCGGGGAUGAGGUCUUUCUCGCAUCCAGCCUCAAGGGUGGAGGUUACAUCUAUGACAGGGACGGCAUUGCUAAAUUGGCCGCUUCUCCAGACGAACUGAGGGGCAAGAACGAAGAGUUUACCAGUGUCCUUAAGGAAAAAGCACCGGAUGUCAUGAACGCCCUCAUCAGCUGCAGGGAAGGAAGUAUUGCGACAACUCAACAAGAGCAGACGAGCGCGCCGGAGAAACGAGGUCUGACAGGCAAGGGACCACGCAGGGGCGGAAGCACCAGCUCAAACAACGACAGGAAAACGGGCACUGGUCAGCAGCAGUCGAAAAAUGGCCAGGGACAACGCAACAGCCAGGGCGGAAGCACCAGCUCAAACAACGACAAGAAAAAGGGCACUGGUCAGCAGCAGUCGAACAACGGCCAGGGACAGUCGAACAACGGCCAGGGACAGUCGAACAACGGCCAGGGACAACGCAACAACCAGGGCGGAAGCACCAGCUCAAACAACGACAAGAAAAAGGGCACUGGUCAGCAGCAGUCGAACAACGGCCAGGGACAGUCGAACAACCAGGGUGGAAGCAGUACGACCGGGUCCAUCGACCAAAUUCCCCAGGGAUUCCUCAAGCACAAGAAUGAGGGCGCCUGUGGAGAGGUCAUGGCAUCCCUCGAAUAUUACCUGCUCAACCCCACGAAGUCGUUGAAAAACUUGCCGGAGAAACCCACCGUGGUGGCAUGGGAGGAGAAAACAGAAAAGGACAAAAAGAACCCCAAGAUACCCUCCGGGAAUGUGUUUAAGGAGGGCGGCGGCAUCAAGCCUCCUUGUGACAAUACGCUCUUUAAGCCAAAGGAUCCGGAUCAUGGUAAGAGCCUGACGGAGGAGGACGGAUGUGGCGAGGGCUGGGGUUGCAAGGCGUUUGUUGGGCCCAAAGGCUUGAACUUCAAAGUCGUCAAUAAAACGCCUACCUAUCUCAAGAAGGAUCAGAUCGAGGUGCUGAAGGAUGUUCCCACAUUUCCCGUCCCCAAGUAA